AAAACGGAACCGGAAAAAACAGAGCAGAACUUCAUUUGUUUUGUCUUAUGUGUAGAAAAACCAGGAAGAUGCGUCCAGAAUCCUUGAAAUGGGUUGAACUGUUGGUCAUACGUUUCCUUUAUACAUAUGUGAGCGGUAGCUCUGUUGAGCAGAAGAUCUACAUUGAACUUAAAAAUACAGUUCCGUGUGUCCGGCUUCUUAACGCCACACAUCAGAUAGGAUGUCAAUCUUCAAUAUCAGGGGACACUGGGGUCCUUCAUGUCUUGGAGACAGAGGCAGACCUUGACUGGAUCCUCAGCACUGGACCUCAUCCUCCUUAUAUGGUACUUAUGGAGGCAACUUUCUUCACCAGGCCCACUAUGAUGAGGAUGAAGAACUCCACACGGGUCGCGGGUGUGGCUGUCAUAAACUCCAACACCACUGCAGUAGAGAGUUUCUCCCCUCACACUUCUUGCCCAAACCAGAACACAGGUGUGUACAGGGAGGACUAUGGUCCUGACCUGGCCAACUGCAGCAGUACAGUGUGGAACCCUCUGGGGAACAGUAUGUCCUAUGAAGACUUCACCUUCCCCAUCUUCUCUCUCAAAGAUGACAAUCAGACACAAGUCAUGCGCAAAUGUUAUGAAGACCAUAACAUGCGUGUAAAUGGCAGUGCCCCCCAGUACCCGCUAUGCGCUAUGCAGCUGUUCUCCCACAUGCACGCCGUCACGGAUACUGUGACCUGCAUGAGACGCGCAGAAGUGUGCGACCCCCUGAGCGACUUCAACGUGUGGGCGUCCAUCCGGCCCAUCAACGCCAGUGCCAAGGGCCACAAGAACAACGAGAGCGUGGUCAUUGCAGCGGCCAGGUUGGACGGACGGUCGUUCUUCUGGGACAUUGGUACAUCCGCAGAAGGGACGGUCUCUGGCAUUGUGACACUGCUGGCCGCCGCCCAUGCACUGUACCCUGUCACUCAAGAAGCUCCACCUGUUCGCAACAUCUUCUUUACCUUCUUCCAAGGGGAAACCUUUGAUUACAUUGGUAGUUCCCGGAUGGUGUACGACAUGAAACAAGAUAAAUUUGUAAUCAACUUGGACAAUGUGCAUUCAGUUUUAGAGAUUGGGCAGGUGGGGUUGCGGAAUGGCCAGAAGCUGUGGAUGCAUACAGACCCGGUGUCUCGUAAGAACAGCACCGUGGACGAGGAGGUUAUAAAUCUAGUGGACAACAUCAAAUCUGUGGCCUCCACACUGAAUGUCUCGUUGGACGAACCCAAUACCACUCAGGCCUUACCCCCCUCCUCCUUUCAGCGCUUCUUGCGGGUUCAGCCAAUCCCAGGCGUGGUGCUUGCAGACCACAAAUCGUCAUUCAUCAACAGGUACUAUGAGAGUCUGUACGACACGGCAGCCUACCUGAACAUGACGUAUCCUUCCGACCUGAGCCCAGAGGAACAGAUGGAGUAUGAGACUGAGGCUUCCAAGUCACUAACUGAAGUGGCUACUCUAGUUGCCCGUUCACUAUACAAGCAGGCCGGAGGGAAUGACCGAUUACUCAUCAACAUCACUGCUGAUGCCAAGAUGAUGGCGAAGCUGCUGUAUGGAUUUCUGGUGCGCUCUAAUAACAGCUGGUUCAGUUCCCUACUUCCCCCUGAGGCUGGAGCAAAAGGACGCAGUUCUAUUUUAGAGUCUGGUCCCCCGCAGUACUACAUUGGCCUGCGACAGGACAACUCUGUGAAGAGCGUCACUCGCUUCGUACAAUUUGUCAUGGCCAACGCGACCGGCACCGUCACCAGUCUCAACCAGAUCCAGUGCCAGAACCCCAAUGACGUUCCCGGCGAGAGCAAAGAUCUGUAUUCAUACCACUGGGUGUCUGGGCCUCCUUCAGCUAACAGCACAGAAGGGGACCCUUAUUGUGUGCGUACAUCUGUACGUCUGGCCAAAGCCCUCUCCCCUGCUUUUGAGCUUCCAGAGUAUGGUUCCAGGGAAUACUCGACGUGGACAGAGUCACGUUGGAAGACCAUCCGAGCCCGCAUAUUUCUAGUUGCAAGUCCACAGCUAGAGAUGUUGACCCUGGGAGUGGGCGUGACUGUUUUGCUAGUGUCUCUUGUAUUGACAUACUUCAUCAGCUCUAAGGCAGAACUUCUGUUUAGCUCCACCCACGAAACCCCAAAUACCACCUACUGAACUCUGCCAAACUCCGACCCACAAAAGUACCCGGAUGCACAAACAGUCUCACAAUUGCAUACUUUGCAAGUUGUAAUUCAAUACCACUAUUCAUUCCAGGCAUUAAGACUUACAUGACUGACGUUUACACGUCAAAUUGUCCUCACACAAAGGACUAUCUAAUUAAUAGGUUUGUUUACACUUAUGCAGACACACACUCCGCAAAUAUAUUUAUUCAGUUCACCAUACACUUAAAGACGGGACAUAGACAUACUGGUCUGGUUUCAAACUUGUAUAGUGCAUGUGGGGCUGCUAGGGUAAGAUGUCCAUAUUUUGUUUGUUUGUUUUAAUUACUAGAUUUUGUUUGUGAUUACAGUACUCUGGGUCUGGCACAAAUCUAGAAGACAGAGGAUCUUUUUUGAUGUUUAACCUGAACUGUGAGCUUGAUUAAGGGUGUGUGUGUGGGGGGGGUGUUAGAGAGAGAAAGAGAAAUAAAGAAGUGACUGUCCUGUGGGUGCGAAUCGGUUUGAUUACUCUUGUGUAUACUUCUGAAAAAGUCGUUUUUUUUUGUCCGUUUGUCAGUGUGUGUAAGCUGUAUGUGCAAUAGCUGUACCACAGUUAAUUUCUUUUUUUGUGUGUGUGUAAAUUCUCCUGAAGAGAAUGUAAUGCUACCUUUUCAUGCUGCCCUGAACAGAGUCUUUGAACUGAAUGACCACUUCUAAACUUUUAUGAUCCUUAGAGAAACUUUGGCCUUUUUGUCUUCUGCAACUGUAAAUCUCUGUAAUUACAGCUUAGAUAGUCACAGGUUUGAAGAACCAAAUCAAGAAUGAUGGCAGCAUUUUUUCUUCAUAAUGAUGCGUGAGAUGAAACCUUUUGAUUUAUGGUGUCAUUAUUUUUCUCUAAGAAGCAAGGAGGCAAGACAUUGAUGCCUUGAUUACGGAAUAAAUCUGGCUUAGUUUACAAACUAAAGUUUCCCUUUCUCUACAGUUUUUUUUCUUCCAAGAUGUAAAAAUUUGUUUUGUCAAGCAUGUCAGACAUAGCUGAGGGUGCCGCAAGGAUUGUAGUGUAAAUUUAAUAGGUUUUAGAAAGACUGAUGCUUGCUAGAACUGACAUGAAAAAUAUAUCUUUGUAAAACAGUGAAAACAUGUAAAAUACAUUGUACCAUGUGACUGUGGGCAAUGAAAAAUAUAAAGACACUCACUUCCUUGAGA